CCUCAUUUUUUAAUCGAUGAAUGGCGGCGUCUUAGCCUGUGGUCUUAGCCAUUUUGUUAUUUGUUGUAAUUUUAACAAUUUCAGUGUAUCUUAAUUAAAAUCAAGCUUUUUAGUCUGAAAUUGAUAAUUAAAAAGUGUAAAACCUUUAUUACUUGAUAUUCCAGUAACCUUUUUCUUUACUGAUACAACAGAAAAAAAUUGCCAAAAACUAAGUUUUUGUGGUAGUGUUUGUGAAAGAAAAGUUUUGCUGAAAUGGUUCGCGGAUCAGGCCGUGGCGGGCGUGGAAUGCCAGGCAGAGGCGGCAUGGGACGCCCGCCCUUCAACAGGCCCCGCGUAUUGAUGUUACGGCCACCCUUUGACUUGAUUUUGGCUGAGCCCGCGUUUCCUCGAUGCAAGCCGGCGCCCGACGAUUCAGCUCUGACGCAGGCUCUUCUCAAAAGACAUACAGAGCUGUGUCCGACGCCUGCCGAGCAGUCAGCCGUCCUAAGUAUUGUCACAAAGCUUCAGACCGUUCUUGACAAUCUUGUGGUUGCACCCGGAGAUUUUGCUGCUUGUCAACUGGAAGAGGUGAGACAAGUGGGGUCAUACAAGAAGGGUACGAUGAUGGCGGGCAAGAAUGUGGCCGACAUUGUGGUCAUUAUGAAGACCCUGCCCACCAAGGAGGCUGUGGAGGGGCUCUCCAAUAAGGUGAAUGAAGAGCUGAACAAGUUAAUGCGAGCAGAAGGCCUGGGCAAUGUGACAAGCACUUGCCACGAGCGCGGUUUCACUGUGAGCGCCGCCGCGGCUGCCGUCAGAGUAUUGGUCACUACCCUGCACCAGAACCUGAGGAAGCUGGAGCCAGAGGUACACCUGGACUACAAGGUGAUCAGUAGCCACCUGGCAGCGAUCAGACACAGCCGAUGGUUUGAGGAGAACGCCCACCACUCCUCCAUCAAGGUCUUAAUACGUCUUCUACGGGAUAUGUGCGCGCGACACUCGGGGCUCGAACCCCUGACCCCCUGGAUGAUCGACCUCCUGGCUCACCACUGCAUCAUGACCAACCCCGCGCGCCAGGCGCUGCCCAUCAACGUGGCCUUCCGCCGCGCCCUGUCCCUGCUGGCGGGCGGGCUGUUCCUGCCCGGCUGCGCGGGGCUGCCGGACCCCUGCGAGGCGGCGCACUCGCGCGCGCACACCGCGCUGGACCUCGCGGCGCAGGACCACGCCGCUGCCACCGCGCAGACCUUGCUUCGCGUGGUGGCGCGAGGCGGCCACAGAUACGUCCUAGGGCUCCAGGCCUUCGAAGGCGGCAAGGACAUAUCCACGGAGAUCACGGUGUGGGAUGGCGUGGUGGUGUCUCCCCUCGCGCCCGCCUACCACGACACGCCCGAACCCAUGGACACCGACGACAAAGAUGAUGACGGCGUUCAAGAUGGCGUGGCGGCUUAGUGAUAAGAUAUCAAGUGUGACCGUAACCUAUUGUGUUAUGAUACGAACUUUUUAAGAAUUUCUAAUAAAUAAUAUAGGAAUUA